GGCUGUUGACACUACUAAACGGAUAACCCUUAAUUCACAUUUACAUUAGAUUAAAUAUGUUUUCUUAUAAUCACUACGGAUAUCAAGGUUGGCUAGUGACUAUUUUUUUGUUCUACAAUAGAAACGUAUCAUUUAAGUAAGUCUGGUACCAGCACGGUUCUAGGUUAAGCACGUUUUGGAACGUAGUCAAAUAGUAUAAUGAGGACGGUUAUGGGCGGUUUGCCCUGAUCAAAAUGAAGAGUUACUUAUUUGAAUUUAAUUUUUCGGUUGUCACCAACAAACUAUGAGAAAUAAGUACAACCUAUAAUGAGUGAGAAAUGUAUUUCUUCGUUCCAUAUACAAAAAUUGGGGCAUGAACUAUUAGAAAUUAGACAAAGGGCACUUUUUACUAUAAUAUCCAAGUUGGAAAAUGGAUUUAUAUUUGAUAGUGAAAUUCCAAGGACCAGAGAGCUUCUUAGCCGGUUGUUUAAGUGGUUUCUUUUCGAACCAUGUACCAAUGAGGACCAAGUUUUAAAUUUAUUGAAAAAUGUCCUUAAAUCUAAAUCUGGUAUGUUAUUGAUAAACCAUUGUGGAAAAAACAUCAUCCAAUCAGAGUUAGAGAAAAUUCGAACAUAUAUUAAACCAAAAUAUUUUGAAGAAUUAAAAGAGAUUAUAGAAAUGAUCAAUAGUAGUGGUUCUCCAAAAAUUGAAAUUCCUCCUUUAGAAAGUAAUAUACCACUAAGUUUCCGUUCUAAUGUGAUGGGAAGUGGACAGCACUUACCUAACACUACAGCUACAACAAUGAAGGGGGUGGUGCAGCAAGAAUCAUCUGUUGAUGAUCAACUGGGACAUAUUAAGGAUACUGGAAGUUCCGAUGAACAAACAAGUGAUGUUUAUGAAAUGAAGUAUACAUUGCCUUGGCAGCCCCUUAUAGAAACUGAUGCUCAUGUGCUACAUUCAGUUGAAAAAUCACUAAUUGAAGAGUCACAAUUAAGUACUUUAUUUCAUUCCUGUGAAUUUUUUAUGAAUGUGCUUCUCAAUGAUUUUCCUGCAGAAAUAUUUAUCCAAAGACCUAAAAUAAUUUUGGAUACUGGAAGUUCUGAUGAACAAACAAGUGAUGUUUAUGAAAUGAAGUAUACAUUGCCUUGGCAGCCCCUUAUAGAAACUGAUGCUCAUGUGCUACACUCAGUUGAAAAAUCACUAAUUGAAGAGUCACAAUUAAGUACUUUAUUUCAUUCCUGUGAAUUUUUUAUGAAUGUGCUUCUCAAUGAUUUUCCUGCAGAAAUAUUUAUCCAAAGACCUAAAAUAAUUUUGAAUUUCCACGAGUUGCUGUUCAAGAUAAACUCGAUGAAAUUGAUUAACCUUAUAUUAGAGUGCUUACAUAAUUUGACUCAGGCACUUCAGGUUAGAAUAAAUCAAUCCCGGGACCCUUCUUUGAAGAAUGUAAAAGCAGAGUUCCUGUUAUACUCGAAUUCAGUGUCAAAUAUGUCUGAAAAAGACAGUGCUAGGAGUGAAACAAGUGAAAAGUCAAAUGUUCAAGAAGAUGUUUUUGUUCUAAAAAACAAUCAACUAACACUGCCAGACUUCGCGUUCCGUACCAUUAAAUUGAUAUUGAAAUGUUUGGUUUUUAAACAGGAAACUCUUAGUGAUUCUACAUCAAAAUUUGACAAAAAAGGUAUAGGUCUGGCUCUCGUGUUAUUGGAUGAACUUUUUAAAUUGUUAUUUUUAUGCAUUAAGAAAAAAAUUUGGAAAUAUUCGUACCAUUUCGAAAGCAAGAACAUUUUAGAGAAUUUCUUAGAUGUGUUGACAUUUUAUGGUGAAGUUCUGGAGUAUUACAGGGUUGAAUCCAUAAGUCUUGAAAAUGAUUUCCUAAAACGUGAGAUUUAUUUGCACCUGUUAAUUGGCUGCACAAAAUUUUUGGAAAAGUUGAUCCCGCGUGAAAAAACCAAAGUGAUUUUUCCAAAGAACUUUAGAGUUACUAUUACAAAUAGCUUGCUCGAUAUCAGUCUAGCAAGAUUAUAUCCUAAAGUUCAUAAGUCUUUGUUGGAGUAUGUAGAGAGUUUUAGUGGCCAAAACGAAUUCAAUUAUCUGAAAAUGUACCGAGACGUAUCAAAAAUUUGCGACGGUUUGAAAGCAACGGUCAAAUUUUUGAAACACCAGGAAACUAUGACUCUCACGGAAUGUUUAUAUUCAGCGAGGAGUGCGCUACCAAGUUUUGAGUUGCAUCGAAAUUUAUUGGUUUUGUCGAGCUUUGUUGAUGUUUGUUCUGAUAAAUUGUUUUCCGCCCGUGAGGAGCGAAUAAGGGAAGUUGCUGAAGAAAUAAUUCUUCAGCUAUUGGCGCAUCCGGUGGAAUCUAUUAGGAAAGAAAUGUACACACUGUGUCGCAAUAAAGUUGUACGCAAUAUAGGCACCGAGAUAAAUCUAAACAAUAUAAGGUGCCCGGGCGUCGAAAUAUAUUUCUUGCUUUCUUCAAAAAUUCUUACUGAGAUAGCACAAUUUGGGUUACGAAACGAAAACACGAAACAUCUCGCAGAAGACGUUCUUAUUUAUCUCAUGAAGUGUAAGCAUAUUGUUAACGAAAGCAUUUGGAACUAUUGCGUGGAAGCUUUAAUUCCAACUAUGCCUUAUUUGUUGUGCUACGCCGAUAAUAAAUCACUUUUGGGUCGGAACAUAGUUAACCUUGCAGAUCCCGAUACCGCAAAUGCUCUUGAUUUGCCGCACAUUGUCAUGUUCAAAGCUAAUGUGCAGUUAUUAUUUUCAAAAGAAUCAUUUCUGAGGGAAGAAGCAUUUUCCAGAAUAUGUUGGUUAAUGGCACGUCAAGAAAAUUCUAGGGAACUCCUGCCAAAGUUUAAUACGGUUUUUGAUAAGGCUCUGGCUGGAGCCUGUAGAAUGAGGACAAUUGUUGAUAUCAAUAAGAUUAGAAAUUCUGACCAUUUUUAUCAGCCAAGUAGCUUAAACCAAGUUAUGGAUCUCCUAAGAGCACCGGACGUUGAACCUGUAAUCAGAAGGUCUGCACUAAAUCAAGUAAGCGUUAUUAUUGAAGAUCCAUUGCUGCACGAAACAUUUUUGAAAAAUCGUGGAAUAGACUUGAUAAUUGAUGUCAUGAAAACUUCGUUGACCGAAAAAGAUUACAGAGAUUAUCCAGAUUCAGUUGUACCCAUAAUAUCGAUAUUGAAGUCUCUGUGCCUUUACCAUUCUAGCGUAAGGGAAGAACUUUGCACAAAUGAAAACGUGAUGUAUUUUGUACUAAGAGGUUUAUUUCUGUUUUUUACUGAUGAGAGAAUGCGGCAUGAUGCAACAGCAUUGUUAUUUUUGCUUAUUUUUAAGGAUUGUAUUGUUGGGACACCCGCAAGAAGUGAUCUUUCUUUGCCUGUCUUGAUAACGGAAAGCACAGUUGUGCCGUUUCAAGCCCACAUACACGGGCACGUUAGUGAUUUUAUUCCAGAGAGUUUCUAUGAUUCUAUAACUAAAAAUAGGUGGGCGCUCAGUUCGUUGCAGAUACAGUGGAAUGCGGAAAUGAGAGGGGGCUUCGAAAAGCUCCUGGAAAUAAAUGAUCUGGACUCGAAUGGAGAUAUUGAAACUGAGGCAAUUUUACAAUUAAAUAAGUGUGACCUGCAAAUAAUAAAAACUUCCUGCAUAGACCAUUGCAUAGAAAAAUUGCUAUUUGCUAUCCAAAAUGCUACUUCCCACAUGGGGGUAAUAGACUCAAUAACUGAAUUAACUAUGUAUUUAAAUCUGUAUAAAAUUGCAAUGAAAUUCGGUUCAACCCAUCAUGGUAUUUUGCAUCAUCGAUGGGAAUCGAGCUUUAGGCGGUUUUUACAAACCUUGCCUUCCAGUAAAGAGGACGUGUAUCUACUGAAAACCGUAAUACGACUUUUAUUGGUUUUAAUUCCAUUUUACAAACAAACUGGCUCGAAUUGGAUUAGCUGUUUUCUCAAAGACCCAACGCAAUGUCUGUUGGACUUGUUGUACACCGAAAACUUGUCUGACGAUGAACUUAAAGACUUAAGUCGAGAUAUUUUGAAGCUGGUAGCUCUAUGCGUGUCUCAGGAGCAUCAUUACCUCGAUUAUGUCAACUCCUGUCCGGUUGCAAAUUCUCAACCAAAUUGGAAUCAUGUUAUUCAGGCAAUUGCUGAAAAUUUGAAAUUGAAUGACUCCCAACACUUCUAUAAUUUAGCUUAUUUAGACGCACUCCUUGGUUGUUUGGUAAAUGUAACAAUUGUUCUGGGAUGGAGCACUGCGAAACAUGACCAAAAGCCUAACAAGUUAUUACUCGGAUUGAUAUCUAGCCUUUGCGAACUUACUAGCUCUUUUCAUUGCGGUAAAGGUCAAACGGCAGCUAAUUCAGUGCUUGGUAUAAAUAUAUCAAAGAAUGUACUUCUGACCCUGAAUAAUCUACUUGCCGAAUUACAAUAUGUGAAAACGAAGAAGUGGGAGUAUUGCUUUUUUGAUGACAUCGAAAGCCCGGCAAAUUUAACUAGUUUCUUAACCCUUUGGACUAGUCGAGAUGUCAUUCUAAGGGCUGCAGCUUUACAACUGUUUGCUGGGCUGGCGAACUCGGAAAAAAUAGCUCUGAAAAUAAUCAAUGAUUUAAAACAUGUCAAUGGUAGCUUUUGGGAAUUGGUCUUUGCCGUUAUUAUUGACCACACCGAGGCUGGAAUAGUAAGAGAAAAUGCCGCUCUGUUGUUAGUGAAUUUAACAAAUCACAUUUACGUACCAUUUAACGACGGAAGUAUAACAUCAGUUGUUACAUCAUUGGGAGUAAAUUCAAAAAAGGGCUUCAUAAAAGAAUUAAUGGACGUAUUUACAAAGCACGAUUUCUAUAGUCACCUUCAAAUUAUCCUGACGUCCUUGUUCACUUUGACGAUCGGCAACGACUCUGGAACUGAAACUGAAAAAAAUUAUUAUUUUACUGAUAACUGCGGUUCUUCCAGCGCAACAUCCGAACAUGUUAAUAUUACCACUCCCGGUUUCGUGAAAGCUGUAUGUAUGUUUCUGAAUAAUGUUGCCUGUUUUUCUACAAAUGACGUCAUUGGAGAAUUGUACAGGAAAGGCCUAGUAAAACUGAUUUUCAGGAUCUUAUGCUACCCGUCAGUGACUGUAGACACGACCAAGGAAUUAAUGUUCUACUGUGAUCUGUUGGAGAUGAAUGCAAGUGUAUGUUUGCUUCUGAAAACUUUGUGUCAUAACAACACAUUGUGUCUUGGUACCGUUCUUCACACAAAGGAUUGCCUCAAUGUUAUGUUAUCAUUAUUAAACCGCAACAUGUACCAUACGAACCUAUCCCAACUGAUAUAUCUGAGAAACAAACUCUGGAGCGAAAUUUUCAAUUUAUGCGCUGUAUUACUUGGAGCGAGUAACCAUGAUCCCAAGUUGAAGCUAGCCGCUGAAUCUUUAACUAUUAUUAGGGAUACCAUAGUAGACGUAGGAGUUAGUCAGUUUUUGGAAAUUCUGUUUGAAUCCCUUAUUUGUAUUGGAGAGAGUGACUUACAAAAUGCUUCGUUGUGUGUUCUGAUUUCGUUUUUGAAGAUCGAAUGUCAGUUUUCCACCGUUGACUCGAUGAAUCUUUCAUUAAAUUCUCCGUCUUUUGGAACACUUCUUGAUACAGUGCAGACUCCAAGAACUGUUAUUAUGUCAUCGUCUGACGAAAAUCUUGAGAACGAGAACCCCAAUCUCACUAAACCCAAUAAAAUACGUCAGAAAUCAGAAGACAGGGCCAAUUUACUUCAGGAACUUUACUUCAAUAGCGUUAUUCCGCAACGAAAAUCAAGUUCACUGGAUGAGAUUGAAGUUAGUUUUGUAGAAAACGGAUCAAACGUCAUGAUGGCCGGCGGCGAACUAUGCAAAAUUCUGUUAUAUUUGUACGACAUUACCAACAUAAAAGUUUUUCGUGGUAAUAAACUUUCUGACAAAAAAACGUUAAUAUUAGCCGCCCUUGCUGGACUGCUGUACGCGUCCCAAGAGGCAAAAAAGUUUGCAAUUCAGAAUAACCUAAUGCAGAUUGUAGUAAAGCAACUUCGAGAUUAUCAUGUAAAACUCAGCUUGGAAUCGGUCGAGGCAUUAAAGAGAGUUCAGGAUAAGAAACGCAUAUGCCCUGUCCUGAAAGAAAUUGAUGAUCUUAUUGGCCUUCUGACCAACUUUAUGAUCAAUAGUAAUAGUGCUAAAAGUUUAGCUAGCCAGUUGCACGUUGCCGACGUUAUUCAUAAACUGUGGAUAUGGUUCUCGUUACAAAAUAUUUACGUGGUAGAUGUGCUGAGAAUGUUGGAAGUUUAUACCACUGAGUGCAGCGAAGCUUGCCGUUCCUUACCUUUGACCAGUGCUGUAAGCGGAUCCGGACCUAGAAAGAUACCAGGAAAUCCAUCUCUUUUGCAUGUGAUUAUUAGUUUAAUUUUAAAGGAAAUGGAUCAAAUCAGCAAGACUCACGAUUUAAUCUGUUUAGAAAAGGCAUUUAACAUUUUGCAUAAUUGUUCUGAUAUUUUGGAGUGUCGUAUUUUGAUGUCUAAGAGCAACCUCUUUCAUUGUUUAAAUCGAUUAAAUCCCACAACAACCAAAUGCCAAACGAUUUGGGAAAACGUCGAAUUUAUUUGGCUGGAGUUCCUGCAGGCGUUUUCUAGACACGCAGAAGGUCAGUCCGUUAUUGCAAAGUCUAAGGACGCGCUAGAAGUAAUCAUGUUAUUAUGCUGUAACGGCACAGGCAACCGCCGCAAUACCAAUCGAGAGAUGGCUCUAAAAGUGAUUAGAAAUAUAUCGUUUUAUCAGCCCAACAAACAAAGACUGCUUUCGUCAGGUACUUUUUUAAACGUCCUACAAUCAAGACUAAUGACGGGAAGCACAGAAGAAAAAAAGGUAACAAUAACUAUACUAUGGUCUCUCGCUGCGAACAGUCAAAAGGCAAAGAUAAUUUUUAAGUCAGCCCAGUUAGACCUUAAGCUCGAAAAUGCCAUAAAACAGUGGCGGCUUUUACAUGAGAAUGGCGACCUAGAUCAAGCCGAUCUGCAAAGGGCUUUUUCAGUGUUAUCCAUCUUAAGAAGUGGUAGUUAAUAAGAACACUUAAAUUGUAACUAAUUUAUAAUUUAAUAUUUAUAGCAUCUUCUACUGUUUUGUGUAUAUUUUUAACAAUAAAGUUAUAUUAUGUGUAUU